AUGUACCCGUUUAAUCGGGCCGAAUCAAUUCGCGCGGAAUGCGCCGAGAACCGCGCCGAAACCGAAAAUGAGUCCGAAGAGUCGAUCCACCUCGACGUGGCAUCCAAUUCCUCCGAUUCUGGAUGCCCUGUGCUUCCAGUCGAGACCCAGAUUGCCCAACGAAAUGAGGAGACGGCCGGGGAAAUGGGGAACAAUCAGAGUUUGGCCGACCAAUCCAAGAGUUUCCUCGCCGAUCUGCUGGAAAUCUCGUUGCCCACGCAGAACGUCGGGCAAAGUGGACGAUUGUAAGUGGUACCUUGGUUGUAGAAGACAUUCUUACAUUGAUUUAUUUUUUACGAAAAGAAAAAAAAUUUCGGAGGGAAGUGAGAUUCGAACCUGCGACUGUUUGACUGAUAGGUUGGAAUUUGAACCACUAGACUAUUGAGGUACGGGCUGAUUUUUUACCGUAAUUUAGUGGGAAAUGGCUGGGAAUGACUGUAAAUAGCUCUAAAUUUUUUAUUUUUCGACUUGAAGAAUAUAAAAAAGCUUCCAAAAAUAUUUUUCAAAAGAUGCCUGAAAAUUUUGCCUCAGGCAAAUUGUUUCAAAAAUCCUUUUUUUAAAUCAUUUUCCGUCAAUUCGCUAAAUUCUUCACGUAAAAAAUGACCCUCCUUCACGGAACGUUUUGAUUCCGCCCCAGGGCAUCGGCCCAAAGAUUAAUAGCCGGUUCGCCGCAAAACCCGCAGACAUUUUCCGCCGAAUGCCCUGAGGCGAAGCGAAAUGGGACAAUCGGGAGGAAAGGUUUCAAAUCCCGACCUCAAGUCGGAUUUGUCAUCAAAAAGUGCAAAAGAAUUGCCUUUUUUCGGACCCGCUCUUGAAAUAGACCCCCUUUUUUCGGAGGUGGCUAGAAUUUCCGUUAAGCUUUGUGUUUUUAAAUAUUAUGUUUGAAAACAUUUCUCUUGCGUGGGAAAUGCAGAACGCCUCCGUUCGGAUAAUGACAAACAUGCUCGCGAAGCGGAAUGACCAUUUUUGGAACGGAGAUAUUUUGAGUUGAUUUUGAGAAUUUUUGCUUUCCAAGAUUUGAAAAUCGCUGGAAUCGUUCCUUUGUAGACGUGGCAAUUGGGCUAGGCGUUCAUCGGGCUGAGGUAAUCUCGAAAAACCGCAUGGCCGGGCUGAUGAAAAUUUCAUCGUAUAAAAUGUCGCCUCGGAUUUUAAGAAACUCAAGCAAAUAUUUUUAUCGUAUAAAAUGUCGCCUCUCAUUUUGAAAGGAUCAACAAAAUCUUUUUAUUUAUUUGAGAAAUUUUAUACAACGGAACCUAUACAAAAUGUUUCAUCGUAUAAAAUGUCGCCUGCCGUUUUGGAAAAAUCAAGUAAAAAUUUUUAUCGUAUAAAAUGUCACCUCUCAUUUUGAAGGUAUCAACCAAAGCUUUUUAUUCAUUGGGGACGUUUUAUACGACGAAACCUGUCCAAGCAUGUUUCAUCGUAUAAAAUGGUCGUUUAUAAAAUAUGUAAAAAUUGCGGCUAUUUCUACCGUAGAGAGUGACCUUUCCACAAAAAAUACAUUUUUUCCACACAAAACUGGCAAUAAUAUUGCCAAAAAGUGAUUUCCUCUGACCGCUCUCCGCGUUUCGCGUACUCUCUCGGCCAGAAAGAUCGUUGAAUAUCUCGGCUCUAGCUGCAAAGCGCCAGUUAAAACUUCGAGGACUUGGUAUGUGACUCAUGUUCGACUUGUGUGCCAAAUUUAAAGAAAAUCUGAGCUUUGCAACUUGGGCUACUUUGAGUGGUUGGAUUACAGUCCUAAAAUGACGUUUCAGCCCUAAAAGUGCAUUACCAUAACCACGCACCGCCUCCAAUUACGGUGUCUGGCGUAUUAUUGUUUGUUUGCUCAAAAAUCCUCAGACAACAUCUACUGCGAUUUAAGUAUUAGAUUAUAAGUACAUAAUGAUAUUACGUAUACUUCCUAAUGGUAAAUAUUUUCGGGCAAUUGAAGGGAAAUAAACAUUCACUUUUGAAGUCACGCCUUUAGGAAUUUUUUUUUGAAAGUGCUGAUUUUCUUUUAAUUUUGCGUACUCUUUGGCGGCGAGUCCACAUUUGCGGGUUUGACAUCAUCAAGCAAAAAUUUUUUAAUGUCUAGUAUAAUAUCGGGGUAUUGCGGGUAGCAGGUAGACUUUUUGCAGCCUCGUCAUAUACGGUUUAAAAGCGCAAUUUCUAAAUAAAUUUUUAACUCGCGCCUUGCUGGGAGAGUCGAGAUAUUCGACGAUUUUUGAGAGAUUGCGCAAAACGCGGAGAGCCGCCAGAGAAAGAAAAACUUUCGACCAUAUCUUUGACAGUUUAACCGAGAAAAAAUGACUUUUUGCGGAAACAUUACCCUCUACGGCAGAAAUAGCCACAAUUUUGAAUUAUUUCGCAAACGACCAUUUUAUACGAUGAAACAUGUUUGGAUAGGUUUCGUCGUAUAAAGUGUCUCAAACAAUUUUUUGUGGAAACAUUACCCUCUACGGUAGAAAUAGCCACAAUUUUGACAUAUUCCGCAAACGAUCAUUUUAUACGAUGAAACAUGUUUGGAUAGGUUUCGUCGUAUAAAAUGUCUCAAACAAAUAAAAAUAUUUUGCCAACUUCCAACCCAAAAAUCUCGGUCUUUUCUGCAAAGCGCGAGCAUUUAAUCAUGCAUAACUAGACAAAAUUAGUCUAUGUUUAUGUUUGCGCCAUGUUUAUCCAAGUCUGCGAGUCUACAUUUCAACCACUUCCCUUGUUAAUUGUAAUGUUUUCAAACGUUUGAAAAAUCUCUUCCAAGAACAUCCCUCCUAAGGGGCUCUGUUCUGCCGCGCCGGUGCAAUCGAAUCUCCGUCUAAUUGGGAAAUGUUUCGCGGAAGUAUACAGAUUUUAUAUUGCAUUUUCGGGCGUGACUUGCGGCUUCAAAUCUGUUUUUAAAGCCAGGAAUUCACGGCAUUCAAUGUUGGUCUACGGUAACGGAAAAGAGAUGGAUGAAAAAACUGACCCGUAAGUUAUGAAAUAAUAGAUUUUUUUGUCUGUGCGACGCUCAGAUUGUGAUGAAAAUUGGCAUAAAUUUAGAAUAAUUUUCUUUGAGAUAUUUGCAAAGCAUUUUCAUAAAGUGUAUGGACAUUUGUCGCGGCCAGCACCGUGCACAAAAUCCCCAAUUUUUUGCACUGUGCAUUGGCGACAAGCGUGAAAACAAUCGAAAAAAGUCGGGGUGCGAGCGAUAGCCCUAAAAGCCUAUUGAACCGUGCGAGAAAGUGCACUGUGCAAAAAAAACUUUUGUUUUUGCAGGGUGCGUGUCGCCGAUUUCAGACCGGCGACUUUCCGGAAGGGCUAGGAAAAGCAUGGGGUGGGUCAGAAUGGUUUCCAUCGUUUAGUCAGUAUCAGAUAUAUUCAUAGCGGGACAUACAGUGGCGGACCUGAUCCAGCACAGUGAGGGACCGGAUCCAGUGGCAAAAAACGUCCCACUUUGCAUCCCGGAAGGGACCAAAACGUCUCCAAACCCUUCCCUUCUCUAACAAUAAGCUAAAAAACUCCGCUUUGAAAAGCGCGCCCUUUCCUUCAAGGCGGGCUCUUCAAAGCGGGGUUUUUUAGCUUAGAGAAGGGAAGGGUUUGGAGACGUUUUUUGCCACUGGAUCCGGUCCCUGACUGUAGCAAGGAAUGCACAAUUUUGCACUCGGGAAGUAUCAAAAAAUGUGGCAAAAGGCCUCCUUCUCUAACUAAAAAAGAGUUCACACGGCUUUUGAAAUCGAGGUUUUUUCACUUGGAGAGAGAGGUAUUUUGCUACAUUUUUGAUACUUCCCGGGUGCAAAAUGGUACGUUUUUGCCACUGGAUCAGGUCCGCCACUGUAGUGUUUGCAAAAUCCAUCGGUCCUCCACUCCAGCAAUCGCUGUUUCCAUCUUCUUUUGUCUUUUUCUUAGCUCCGUGUUGGUUGUUCGUUUCAUAUUCGUUUCCACGCUUCCAAUUGAUCAUACGUUGAUGGUGAGGACCUGGAAUCCAUUGUGGUUUAUGCCUACUGUCCACGCGAGGCUCUUUGUGCCCGCAACGGCAUGGGUGGACAGGAAAACCGACUUUGUGAAGAAAAAAGCGGAAUUUUUCAUAAGUAAUCAUGCAAAAUCUCAUCGUAUCUUUCCAAAUUUUGUUCUCUAGUUUGUUCUACUCUUGACCAAAAAAAAAUCAGAACAUAAAAACAUAAGUCACAUGCACUUGCACUCAGCCAUUUCCGGAGUCCUUAAUCAUCCCCGUUUACCGUAAUUAAUAACCCCCGAAACAUUUUUUUUCGUUUUUUUGUCAGAUUGUUUUCGGAGACGUCGGCCGCAGGCGGCGAACGUCCAAAAACGUCCUUUUCUGAAACAGAAAACAUAUCAAAGUGUGGGGAUAAAGUGGUCUUAGGGAAAAUGUUGAGCUGAAAUGCGCGCAAUGACGCAAACAAAAUAUUUUUUGUAGCUUUCUUGGCGCUAUAAGAAACUUUUUGCAAGCUUGAACUUUUUUGGAAAAUUUUUAUUGUUUUAGGGGGUUUGUUACCACUUUUUUGUUAAAUAUAGGUUGAAAUACUCAGAAAUAUCAUUUCAAAGCUUUUGAAAAAUUUUUCUAAGGUAAGUCUCAAUUUAUACGAUGAAACAUGUCCGGAGUAGUUUUUGUGGUAUAAAAUGUCGCCUGAGCUUGCAAAAUAUGAAAUAUAAUCUCUAGUGGCGGAUCUAGUCGAUAUUCAACGCGUUUUUGCAAGAUUUCAAAUAAACACUAUUUUAAACAAUGAAACAUGUCCGGAACAGUUUUGGUCGUAUAAAAUGUCCCAUAGACUUGCAAAAUUUAUCACACAUGCUUACAUAGCCGAUAUUCAACGUCUUUUUGCAAGAUUUCAAAUAAACACCGUUUUAUACGAUGAAACAUGUCCGGAGUAGUUUUGGUCGUAUAAAAUGUCGCUUUCAAUUUCCAGAAUAUUUCUGGACUUUGGGACGUUCUGAUUUUUUCUAAAUAAGCCUUUUUUUACUCUGUGUUCAUAUGAUGGCUCAAAAGUGAACUUUAACUUCAUUUAUCGGAUAUUUGAUAUGUCUAGCGCAUUCAACGUUCCCGUUAUUCCUUGCGUUCUUCGGAAAAAGUUUAAGAAUGCCCUUCUAAGCAACUUAUUUUUAUUUCCUCGCUCGGAAUGCCUAAUAGACCGUUCCCAAAUUGCUCCGGGUUUGGGUUUAGAAAGCGCAUUGGACGAAACGGGGUUCAAGACGCACGAAGAGUCUGAAGGUCAACUUCCAGAGGAAGUGUGUACUUCAAGUGCAAGCUCAGAUAUUUAUUAUAUAAUACGAUGCUAAAUUUUUCAUCGUAUAAAAUGUCACCCUAAAAAUUAUUUUGCGAUUUUUUACUAUUAUAGUAAAUUUAAUUUGCUUGUAAAAAGAUCAUAGAAAGAUAUUUUCUAAAAAUUUUUAAGAAAGGCCGUUUUAUACGACGAAACAUGUACGGGAUAUUUUUUAUCGUAUAAAAUGUCGCCUUAAACAAAACUUUGUAAACUUGUUUACUUGUAGCUUUUUACUUAUAAAAUCUUAAAAUUUUGAAAAAAAUGCCAUCUUAUACGACAAAACGUGUCCUGAGUACUUUUAUCGUAUAACAUGUCACUCAAAAAUUUUUUUGUGUUUAUAAGAGAAGUACGUAGGCAUAGGCCGCAUAUCAAUUCCUCGCGCUUUGCAGUGGCCGCCGAGAUAUUCAACGAUAUUUGCGGCCGAGAGAGUACGCAAAAUGCGGAGAGCGGUCAGAGAAAAAUUCCCACUUUUUGGCCAUGUCUUUCCCAGUUUCGCGCAGAAAAAUUAAUUUUUUUAGAAACAUUAAAAUCUACGGUGUAACUUUUAUUUGUAUCCUCAUUUCCAUAUCAUAUAUUAUAUUAUAUAUAUUUAUUUGUAUGUAUAUAUAAUACUAUAGUAGCUGUAAAAACAUCCAUUUCCAUAUUAAUUACCGGCAAUAUAACGGUCUCGUGGUUGUCGGGGAAUUGUCAGACUCUCCCUGGAGGGCAAUUUUUCUACGUCAAGAAUUGGGUGCGAAACGAUUUAUCAUCCUACUUGACAAUGGAAAUUGGCCGAAGCAAUGGCCAAAACGCCUCCGUCUCAUUGAACCUCAGAUUUUGAUGAAACUUGGCACAACUUUAGAUUAAUUUUUUCUAACCCCUUUGCGAGACUUUUAGCUUGCGCUUUGCAGAAAUGGGAGAGAUUUUUAGUCCGAAGUAUGGUAAAAAAUGAGAUUUUUUUGCGAUUUUUGGCAUGAAAAUUUUCUUGCCUAUUUCUACCGUAGCGGAUAAUGCUUCCACAAAAAAUUAUUUUUUCCGCAUGACACUGGCAAUGUUAUGGCCAAAAAGUGGGUUUUCUCUGACCGUACUCCGCAUUUUGUGUACUCUCUCGGCCGUAAAGAUUAUUGAAUAUCUCCGCUGCCAGGGCAAGUUAGCCUUUAUUUUUGAGUUUUUUUGCGUUGAAAAAAUUGAUUUUUUCGAAAAAAUAUCAUUUGGUGACAUUUUAUACGAAAAAAUUCCCGGACAGGUUUUAUCGUAUAAAAUGACAUUUAUUUGAAAUUUUGCAAAAAAUCUUUGAAUAUCGACUUUAUCCACCACUAGAAAUUAUUUAUCACACUUAGAAAGUUUAGGCGACAUUUUAUACGACAAAAACUACUCCGGACAUGUUUGAUCGUAUAAAAUGACAUUUCGAUGCUAUUUUGCAAAAAUGCUUUGAAAAGCGACUAUAUCCACUACGGAAUAUUGUAUUUCAAAUUUAGCAAGUUUGGGCGACAGCUUAUACGACGAAAACUACUACGGACAUGUUUCAUCGUAUAAAAUGACUUUUGGCAUUGAAAAAUAUUACAAAGAUGAUGAAAUGAUAUUUCUGAGUAUUUCAACUCACAUUUGGCGAAAAAGUAAUCUAAAAACCUAUAUUUUUUACUACCUUAUCAAGCGUAAUUAACAUUACUGCUUACUGAUUUUUUAUUCAAAUUUUUUUUUCUUUGUUAUUUUUUUGUUGUUGUCUACCGUACUUGUCCCAAAAAAAUAAUUUGGAAUUCUUUUCAGCAGUGCGUUCGGGGCUCACGGUGUCUUCAUGGGACUGGGCCGUAUGCCCUUCCAGAUCUCGAACAACAUGAGGACGGUUCUGAUAUUUCUCAAAUUUCUGGGCUUCUUCCCUGGUUUUGUCCGUGAACGCAAACGCAAUGGAAAACGGUUUAUGAUUGUGAGUGUUGGUUGGUUUAUGUUUGGGUGACAUUUUAUACGACAAAGGUUCAUUGGACAUGUUUCAUCGUAUAAAACGGGAUUUUUUUAAAAUUUGAUGGGUAAUCUGCAUAACAAAAUCCCCAAGGCGCUGAGAAAAUUCCAGCGACUUAUGACGACAUUGUAUACGAUGUAACCACUCCAAACAUGUUUCAUCGUAUAAAAUAGCAUCUCUUAAAAACUUGAAAAAAAUAAAUAUUCAUUCUUGUUUUCUACCAUUUGAAUUGUUCAUCCUUUUGGCAGUUUUUUAUUUAAGCGACAUUUUAUACGAUUAAACAUGUUCCAUCGUAUAAAAUGGCACUCCUUCAAAAUUUUGCAAAAUUGCUUCACAUGGGUGAAUUGUCAUUUUUUGACGUUUUUAGUAUUACCAAAUUAUUAUUUAUUAGUCCAGGUGACAUUUUAUACGAUCAAAACAUGUUUCAUCGUAUAAAAUGAAACUGAUCUAAAUUUUGCAAAAAUGCAUCACAAUUAUUUUUAGCUUCGUCUCACUGCCUGGGCUCUCACCAUUUUUGGCAUCUUCCUCAAUCUAUACUUCUUCAAGGCCAACGUCAUGAUGACGUUUCGGUAUCACAAACACUUUGGUUUUCUUCAUGCCACCACCGUUUCCACAAUCAUAACAGGAAUAAAGCCGUUCAUAAACGCAAUGUUGCUGUUUUUAAUGGUAAUACGCCUCAAAUCGCACGUGAAAAUGCUGAGUAUGAUGGACAACGUGGAUCAGAGUUUCAAGAAGUCUUUUGGGAAAUCCCCGCCUAUUCGGCGCUAUAAUAAGAUUUUUGGCGGAGUCGCUUUAUUUUUUGUUAUAUUACCCUUGACAUAUCGGAUCUUUGAGAGCCUCUGGAUGGACUAUCAUUCGAGACAAAAACGGUAAGACGUCAUAAAAAUAAUAAAUCAACUGAUUAGAAAAUUUCCGAUAGGGUGACAUUUUAUACGAUAAAAAUUUUCUGAACAAGUUUCAUCGUGUAAAAUGGCAUUUUUUAAAAUCUUUACAAAAAUAUUCUUAGAUUAUUAUUCAACUAAAUUUAACAAUGAAAAAACUGUAUAAUAAUGAUUAAGGUGACAAUUUAUACGAUAAAAAAGUUCCGAACAUGUUUUUUCGUAUAAAAUGACACUUUUUAAAAUUUUUCCUACGUUGUUAUUAUAUAGUAAGUAAAUCAAAUUUAUCAACCAAAAAUGCGAAAUUUCUAGUAAAAGUGACAUUUUAUACGAAAAUUUUUUCCGGACAUGUUUCAUCGUAUAAAAUGGCGCUUUCUCAAAAUUUUCUAAAAAAAUAUUUUUGUAUAGUAAGUAAAUUGGAUUCAUAUAUAAAAAAUUUUAAAAUUAUUAAUAGGGCGACAUCUUAUACGAUUAAAAUGUUUCCGGCAUGUUUCAUUGUAUAAAAUGGCCUUUUCCGGAAAUUUUCUAAAAAUAAAUUCGCUUGACUAAAAAACAUGUUAACUGCGCUAAAACCGCAUUUUCAGGUCGAAUUCCGAAUGGCUAACCGACGUUUCUUUCAUUUUGGUCCCUCUUCUCACUGCCUGGAACAUGAUUCCCCUCUUCUACUACGUUUUCUGCAAUCGGGUGGUCUGCUAUUGGUGUAGGACGCUGAAAAAAUGCAUCCAAAGAGAGCAUGUGAAGCGACAGUUCAGCUUGAAAUUCUACUACGAGCAGUUUUUGAGGAUCACUGCGGUUCAGGUAAAAAAAAUUUUUUGAGAUUUUUCAAACUAAAAAUCGCAAUUUAGAAGUCAAUUGGGAGUGUUUUCAACCCGAUAAUAUUCUUUUCGCUGGCAUGGUCACUGUUGAUGCUCAGUCUGACAAUUUAUUUUAUUACUCAACCGGCUUCAAGGUAAGGAUUUUUUUCGUAUUUUAGCCGUGUAUAUAUCGUUUUUGAUCUCUAGAAUUUACGACUUCCCCCUUAGAAUUUACAUUUUGCUUAUGAAAUUUACGUUUUGCACCUAAAAAUUCACGUUUUUCUUCAAAAAUACUUUCGGAUACUUUUUGAUCGUUUUUGACGUUUUUUAAAAAUGUGAUUUUUUAAAGAAUUUUAAAGUUUUUUAAUUAUAAUUCUAAUAUUUUCUGUCGGCUUUUAAGGGUUUUACUGGAUUUUAAAGCGUUUCUGAGGUAUUUUGAUACUUUUUGAUACUUUUAAAAAAAGCGUUAAGUUUUUGGUCUUUCUCAAAAAAAUUCUAUUUUUUGAGGUCUCCAUGACCUUGCAACAUUACUUUUAUCCCUAAAUUUAAUAUUUUUCUUGAAAAAUUCCUUUUGGAUACCUUUUGAUCGUUUUUGAGGGUUUUUGAAAAAUUGAUUUUUUGAAGACUUUUUGAGCUUUUUUUAUCAUAAUUCUUGUAUUUUCUAUCGGCUUUUGAGGGUUUUACUGGAUUUUAAGGCAUUUUGAGGUAUUUUGAUACUUUUUGAUACUUUUAAAAAAUUUAAAAUUUUUUUUGAGAAAUUUCAUUUUUUCACCUUCACAAAUUUACAUACGUUUAAUAUCUCUGAAAAAGUGUCCGUUUUUCUUCAAAAAUAUCUUGGAUACUUUUUGAUCGUUUUUACGUUUUUUUGAAUCUUGAUCGAAGAACAAGGCAAUCAUUUUUUCAAAAACCGAGAAAAAAAAGACAAAAAAUAACACAAUUCUUUAAAAGGACUUCAAAAGUGAUCAGAAAGUAUCCAAAAGUUUCAAAAAUCUUCAAAAAAUUUUAAAAAAUCAAAGAGAUCCCGAAUUUCUUAUGCCCAUCAAAGAUAUAAAAAAAGACUUCAAAAGUGAUCAAAAAGUAUCCAAAAGUCUCAGAAGUCUUCAAAAAGUAUCCAAAAGUCUCACAAGUCUUAAAAAAUUUCAAAAACCCCUGAAAAAUUCCUCAUUUUUUUUAUCAUAAAAAAAUUAAAGAAGCCCAAAAGCUCUCAAAAAGUAUCCAAAAGCCUCAGAAAUGUUUAAAAAAAUUCAAAAGACGUCGAGAAAUUACCAAAUUUUUUACAAUCAUCAAAAAAUGUAUUUCACCCCGAAUCUCCGAAUUCCAGACUCGCCGAGCCCAUCACCGUGCAGCAGAUCAGCAGCGAAAGGGCGCGCAAAGAGCUCACCGAACGCGUCUACAUCAACCUGGGCUGGUCGGCAAUUCAGAUUACUGUCGCUAUAAUUCACAUUAUCUGCAUUUGUGCCACGGGGCUGAAGACCAAUGAGGAGACGAGGAAGAUCAUCAGCGCCGUUCUGGCAAUCGUCCCGGAUUCGAAUGCGGAUCUGGAUCGGUUUCAGGUGAGAUUUUUUUGGGGGUUUUGAGGAGGGUAUUUGAGGUGUUUUGAGAUUUUUUGUAUUUCUUUGAUGCUUAUUAAAAAUUAAGUAAUUUUUAGUGGUUUUUUGAAGACUUUUGAGGCUUUUGGAUACUUUUUGAUAUGUUUACAUUUUUUUGGUAAUGAUGAAAAAUUUAGGAUUUUUUCAGUGUUUUUGAGAUUUUUGGAGGUCUUUCGUGAAUUUUGGAUACUCUUUGAUCACUUUUGAGGGCUUUUCAUUUUUUGAUGAUUAUAAAAAAUUUGGCAAUUUCUCGACGUCUUUUGAAAUUUGUUGAAGAUUCUUGAGACUUUUGGAUACUUUCUGAUUACCUUUGUGGAAACUUAAAAAUUUUCUGGCAAUCAUAUAAAGUAUUGGGAACUUUUUGGGGUAUUUUGAGGAUUUUUGAAGACUUUUGAAACUUUUGGAUACUUCUUGAUCACUUUUGAGGUUUUUUCAUUUUUUGAUGAUUAUACAAAAUUUGAUAAUUUCUCGACGUCCUUUGAAUUUUUUUGAAGAUUUGUGAGACUUUUGGAUACUUUUUGAAGACUUGUGAGAAUGUUGGAUACAUUUUGAUCACUUUUGAAGUCUUCGGGAAAAUUUGGUAUUUUUCAUCAUAAUUAUGUUUUCUGUCGAUUUUGAUAAUUUUCCUCGGUCUCGACUCCUUUUUGGAGGUAAUUUGCCACUUUUGGAUACUUUUUGAUCACUUUUGAAGUUUUUUUAUAACUUCGAUGGGCAUAAAAAAUUCAUGAUCUUUUUGAUUUUUUCAAAUUUUUUGAAGAUUUUUGAGACUUUUGGAUCACUUUUGAAGUUUUUUAAAUUGUAUUAUUUUUCGUCAUAAUUUUUAUUUUUUCAGUUUUUGAGAGUUCUAUAAAUUUUAUCAGGGUUUGAUAAUACUUUAUGAGGUAUUUUGAUACCUUUUGAAACCUUUAAAAAGUAUCCCUUUUUUGGGAGGGUUUUCAUGAUCUUGCAACAUUUUCCCACUUCAAUUUUUAUUUUUAGAUUUCCUGUUUCGUCCACAAAAUGUCCACCCAAUACAUGUGGGGGAUGACGGUGUGGCGCGCGUUUCCGCUCGAACGCACAACAUUCUUCACGGUAGGCGGGGUUUAUUGUGUAGUUUAUUGCCGUGUUCAUUCAAUAUUCACAACAAAAAGAUGAUUCGAAACAAGGACAAGUCCAAAAAAAAAGUUUUAUCAAUCUGUCGGGAAAAUAAUGUGGAAUUUUCGCAUCGAAAAUCCACGUCGCUGAAGUUAAAAGCACAAUGAUUUUGCAGCGAUUCUACUCAUUUUCUGAAGCCAUUUUCGAUCCGACACAUCCACAUUAUUUUCCCGACAGACUGAUAUUUAUAUUAUAAAAAAAUCUCAAAAAUAAUAUGCAAAUUUCCAGCUGGUCAGUGUGAUGUUCACCUACUCCUUCCUGCUGCUCAAACUCAAAGACAACCCGGCCGUUUCUCCGAUCAUCCGUCAGAUCAUCCAAAUCAAUGGGACCAACGUCAAAGCCGUCCUCUGA